CGCUGGAGAAGGAGAGCAGCAGGCCCUGCUGCAGGCUCACCUGGGGAGGUGGCAGCCUCUUGCCCAAGGCAAGCAUCACCAUGACCCUCCUGACACACCUGUUGGUCUGCUCCUUCGGGAUGGGCUCCUGGGUAGCCAUCAACGGACUCUGGGUCGAGCUGCCCCUAUUGGUGGCAGAGCUGCCCGAGGGCUGGUACCUGCCCUCCUACCUCACAGUGAUCAUCCAGCUGGCCAAUGUCGGCCCCCUCCUCGUCACCCUGCUCCAUCACUUCCGGCCCGGCUGCCUUUCUGAGGUGCCCGUCAUCUUUGCCGUGCUGGGCGUGGGCACCGUCGCCUGCAUCCUCUUGGCCUUCCUCUGGAAUGUCACCUCUUGGGUGCUGAGUGGCCAGCACAGCGUCACCUUCAUGGUCCUCACCUUCUUCCUGGCCCUGGUGGACUGCACCUCCUCCGUUACCUUCCUGCCCUUCAUGAGCCAGCUGCCUACCCACUACCUCACCACCUUCUUUGUGGGCGAAGGACUCAGCGGCCUCCUGCCUGCCUUGGUGGCUCUUGCCCAGGGCUCAGGGCUCACCACCUGUGUCAAUGUCACUGAGGCAUCUUACACCACCCCAAGCCCUAAUACCACCAGGAGGACUGACACUCCACAGGUGAUUGUUAGAGAAUCCAUUUCCUCCUGA